GGCAUGCAAUCGUGUCUUUUCAUGGUGUGUGUACUAGUUGGUGUAUUUUAUCUUUGGUUUUAUUGGGCGUGGUGUAAUUUGGCUAGGGAAGGGAGGUACCCAAUCUCUAGUAACCUUUCCUAAAUCUUUAAUAUUAACUUAUUUUUAAAACUUUAAUGUAAGUAGUAUCUUCCUUAUCAGUCUCUAUUUCUGCUUCCUGUGCAGCUGAAACUCUUCAGGAUAAGUGAAGUCAUCAGAUAUCGGAUAGGGAAGCUUAAUGCAUUUGGGAAGUUGGUUUGGUUUACAUGUGAAUGCCCUGGAUAAAAUCCAGUAAGGUGUAGGAGAGAGAGAGAGGGAGGAGGGAGGAGGAAAUCUCUGAGGAGGCUGCCGCCGUGGUAAAUAUUUCCAAACUGAUUAGAAAGUUCAUGGCCCCGCGAUGAGGUCGAGAUUUCGAAUAUAGUCAAUCUUUUAUUAUUUUGUACAUUAGUAACACUUGAGAGGCGUUUAGGCUAACUUUCUAGCCCUUCAACCUCUCAGGGCCGAAAACCGCGUAUUCUGGGUAUGCAGGAAAAGCGCACUGGAAUCGAGUGCUGCAGACAUCCUGGACAGUGGCUUCCACGCGUAAGUAACAGAGGAGCGCUCGGACGUUGGAAGAAUGAAGAGGUUAACGCGUCCCCAAACGGGGGAAAAGUCUUACAAGAGCAACUAUUAGGGUUGCGCUCCUAUUGGUCAGAGGAAAGAUCCCGAUUUUAGAAGGACUUUCCUGCUGGCUGGCUCUCAGCGUCCCCGGGGAGCGAGCGCGCAGCACCGCCGGUGACUUGGUUUUCCGAGCGUCCUAGGCUCCCCCCGGCAGAUAGCUGCGAGCCCGCAGUUCGCGGUGUUGUCUUCAUUUCGUGCAAUAAAGAAUUGUCAUUAGGUUUGCGUAUGGCAUGUGCCGUUACCCCGCCGUAAAACUAAAAUUAGCAAAAUGUCAGGAAUGGAAAGAUUGAUUCACCAAGAUGCAAUUAUCAUUUAAAAGUGCUUGAUUGAGGUACUGAUGUUCAGUGAUUUAUUCUGCAUACCAUAUACAUAAUUAAAGUAGUGUAGUGGAGUAAUUUAUCAAUCUAGUUGAGACUGGAGGGGUGAGGAGCGAACUGCUGUACGUUUGUUUUAUUAAAAUGCUUCGAGGUCUAGUCCCGCCCCCCUUUUGCAAGAGUGAAACUGAUGAUUUCUCCAGCUCACGAGGAGAGUCAACGGUUUGGAAUUGUGAGGGAGAGAGAAAGACAGAAAGGAAAGGCAGCGCGAGGCAAAGGCAAAAGCAAGGACGAAAUAAAAUAAAGGAAAAAAAGAAGACAAGAGGCACUUCAUGGUUCGUGCUGCUUAGAACCCCAAGCCUGUGUGCUCGGUUUUCCCUGCCACCCGCGCCUCCCCUCCCAAUAUCCUUCCACCACUCCCCCCUACCCCCGCCUUUUUUACGCGACGUUUCAAAGGCUGUGAGCGGCUCUCCUUUUCCCAUUCGUCUUCUGUCACUUCCUUCCUGGACGCAGUUUUCUGGACGAGUCUGGUUACUUUUAAUCGGCUGGCCGCUGAGAGCCACUUUCCCCUCCUCCUCCUCCUCCUCCUCUUCCUCCUCCUCCUCCAAGUGGCUUCGACUCGCGCGCGAAUGCGCGUCCCCGCGCGCGCCUCCCCCCGCGCGCUCCCUCCGCGCGCGCGCGCACAUACACACACAUCAUCUCCAGCUCUCUGCUUGCUCUGCUCGCAGUCACAGACACUUGAGCACACGCGUACACCCAGACAUCUUCGGGCUGCUAUUGGAUUGACUUUGAAGAUUCUGUGUGGGUCGCCGUGGCUGCAUGUUUGAAUCAGGUGGAGAAGCACUUCAAGGCUGGACGAAGUAAAGAUUAUUGUUGUUAUUUUUUCUCUCUCUCUUAAGAAAGGAAAAUAUCCCAAGGACUAAUCUGAUCUGGUCUUCCUUCAUCAGGAACGAAUGCAGGAAUUUGGGAACUGAGCAGUGCAAGUGCUGAAGAAGGAGAUUUGUUUGGAGGGAACAGGAAAGAGAAAGAAAAGGAAGGAAAAAAUACAUAAUUUCAGGGACGAGAGAGAGAAGAAAAACGGGGACUAUGGGGAGAAAAAAGAUUCAGAUUACGAGGAUUAUGGAUGAACGUAACAGACAGGUGACAUUUACAAAGAGGAAAUUUGGGUUGAUGAAGAAGGCAUAUGAGCUGAGCGUGCUGUGUGACUGUGAGAUCGCGCUGAUCAUCUUCAACAGCACCAACAAGCUGUUUCAGUACGCCAGCACCGACAUGGACAAGGUGUUGCUCAAGUACACGGAGUACAACGAGCCACACGAAAGCCGGACAAACUCUGACAUCGUGGAGACGUUGAGAAAGAAGGGCCUUAAUGGCUGUGACAGCCCAGAUCCCGAUGCAGACGAUUCAGUAGGUCACAGCCCUGAGUCUGAGGACAAGUACAGGAAAAUUAACGAAGAUAUUGAUCUAAUGAUCAGCAGGCAAAGAUUGUGUGCUGUUCCACCGCCCAACUUUGAGAUGCCAGUCUCCAUCCCGGUGUCCAGCCAUAACAGUUUGGUAUACAGCAACCCCGUCAGCUCACUGGGAAACCCCAACCUUUUGCCACUGGCCCACCCUUCUCUGCAGAGGAAUAGUAUGUCUCCUGGUGUAACACAUCGACCUCCAAGUGCAGGUAACACAGGUGGUCUGAUGGGUGGAGACCUCACAUCCGGUGCAGGCACCAGUGCAGGGAACGGAUAUGGCAAUCCCCGAAACUCACCAGGUCUGCUGGUCUCACCUGGUAACUUGAACAAGAAUAUGCAAGCAAAAUCUCCUCCCCCCAUGAAUUUAGGGAUGAAUAACCGUAAACCAGAUCUCCGAGUUCUUAUUCCGCCAGGCAGCAAGAAUACGAUGCCAUCAGUGAAUCAGAGGAUAAAUAACUCCCAGUCUGCUCAGUCAUUGGCUACCCCAGUGGUUUCUGUAGCAACUCCUACUUUACCAGGACAAGGGAUGGGAGGAUAUCCAUCAGCCAUUUCAACAACAUAUGGUACCGAGUACUCUCUGAGCAGCGCGGACCUGUCGUCGCUGUCUGGGUUUAACACCGCCAGCGCCCUCCACCUGGGGUCAGUCACUGGCUGGCAACAGCAACACCUACAUAACAUGCCGCCAUCCGCCCUCAGUCAGCUGGGAGCUUGCACUAGCACUCAUUUAUCUCAGAGUUCAAAUCUCUCCCUGCCUUCUACUCAAAGCCUCAACAUCAAGUCAGAACCUGUUUCUCCUCCUAGAGACCGUACCACCACCCCUUCGAGAUACCCACAACACACGCGCCACGAGGCGGGGAGAUCUCCUGUUGACAGCUUGAGCAGCUGUAGCAGUUCCUAUGACGGGAGCGACCGAGAGGAUCACCGGAACGAAUUCCACUCCCCCAUUGGACUCACCAGACCUUCGCCGGACGAAAGGGAAAGUCCCUCCGUCAAGCGCAUGCGACUCUCUGAAGGAUGGGCAACAUGAUCAGAUUAUUACUUAAUAGUUUUUUUUUUCUUGCAGUGUGUGCGUGUGCUAUACCUUAAUGGGGAAGGGGGGUCGAUAUGCAUUAUAUGUGCUGUGUGUGGAAAAAAAAAAAGUCAGGUACUCUGUUUUGUAAAAGUACUUUUAAAUUGCCUCAGUGAUACAGUAUAAAGAUAAACAGAAAUGCUGAGAUAAGCUUAGGACUUGAGUUGUACAACAGAACACUUGUACAAAAUAGAUUUUAAGGCUAAACUUCUUUUCACUGUUGUGCUCCUUUGCAAAAUGUAUGUUACAAUAGAUAGUGUCAUGUUGCAGGUUCAACGUUAUUUACAUGUAAAUAGACAAAAGGAAACAUUUGCCAAAAGCGGCAGAUCUUUACUGAAAGAGAGAGCAGCUGUUAUGCAACAUAUAGAAAAAUGUAUAGAUGUUUUGGACAGACCCGGCAAAGGGUGGCCAUUGGUAAAUGUCACCUAACAUCCUAAGAACGCUCACAAACCUGCAGGCAUAUCAUUGGCGUAUGGCACUCAAUAAAAAGGAUCAGUGACCAUUAAAAGAGGACCAUACCUAUUUAAAAAAAAAAAAAAACAUGUGGAGUUUGAGGGCUAACGUAUUUAAUUAAAUAAAGAAAUAUGGGUCUGCAUCUCUUAUUAAAUAAAAGUAUAAAAAUAUGUACAUUACAUUUUGCUUAUUUUCAUAUAAAAGGUAAGACAGAGUUUGCAAAGCAUUUGUGGCUUUUUGUAGUUUACUUAAGCCAAAAUGUGUUUUUUCCCCUUGAUAGCUUCGCUAAUAUUUUAAACAGUCCUGUAAAAAACCAAAAAGGACUUUUUGUAUAGAAAGCACUACCCUAAGCCAUGAAGAACUCCAUGCUUUGCUAACCAAGAUAACUGUUUUCUCUUUGUAGAAGUUUUGUUUUUGAAAUGUGUAUUUCUAAUUAUAUAAAAUAUUAAGAAUCUUUUAAAAAAUCUGUGAAAUUAACAUGCUUGUGUAUAGCUUUCUAAUAUAUAUAAUAUUAUGGUAAUAGCAGAAGUUUUGUUAUCUUAAUAGCGGGAGGGGGGAUAUUUGUGCAGUUGCACAUUUGAGUAACUAUUUUCUUUCUGUUUUCUUUUACUCUGCAUACAUUUUAUAAGUUCAAGGUCAGCUGUCAAAAGGAUAACCUGUGGGAUUAGAACAUAUCACAUUGCAACACCCUAAAUUGUUUUUAAUAUAUUAACAAGCUAUUGGCUCAACUGACAUCCAUUGUAUACACUAAUUAGUUUAUUUUAUCCUUCUUAUUUUUGAAUUUUUACCAAACACAGGGCCCCUUUCUGAUCUCACCAUUUCACCAUGCAACUUGGAAUUCAGUAAGUGCAUACCAUAACUUGCCUGUAUCCUAAAUUAUCUGGUUGGUUUUCAGCCCAGAAUUUCAUAUGCUUUUUUAGAAAUAUGCCCAGAAUAGAGAAGCUGUGUUGGGACCCAUGUCCUACAAAUAUAUGGCCCUAGAAACAAGUGAUAUGAAGUUUACUCGGUGUAUAAGUUAUAAAUUCCCACAGAGGAAAAAUGUGAAAGAUUGGGUGCUAGACAAGAAGGAAGCAGGUAAAGGGAUAGUUGCUUCAUCAUCCGUUUUUAAUUACUUUAACUGACCCUCAACAAUCUUGUCAGCAAUAUAGGACUGUUGAACAAUCCCAGUGUGUCAGGACCCCCAAAUGUCACUUCUGCAUAAAGCAUGUAUGUCAUCUAUUUUUUCUUCAAUAAAGAGAUUUAAUAGCCAUUUCAAGAAAUCCCAUUAAAGAACCUCUCUAUGUCCCUUUUUUAAAUUUUUCAAGAAAUAUUGAUGACGCUUGCCUAAUAUUUGUCUAUAAAGGAUUAAUUUUCAGACCCUUUAAAAAGUGAGUGCCAUAAAAAAAAGUUCAUAUUUGUUGUUUAAAAGAGAUUUCAGUCUAGGAACGAUUUUCCUUCUCUUGGAAUGUGAAGAUCUGUCGAUUCAUCUCCAAUCAUAUGCAUUGACAUACACAGCAAAGAAGAUGCAGGCAGUAAGAUCGACACUGCUAUAUCACGCGUAGAACGUUUCUUACCCAUUUUUUUUUCUUUUACUUGCACAGUUGCUAUGUGUUUCUCAUUGAAAAAGGCUGCCGCUGGGUGGCAAAAGCCAAGAGACCUUACUAAACUAGGCUAUAUUUUUCUUAACUUAAUCUGAAAUCUACAAUUAGACCACAAUGCACCUUUGGUGGUAUCCAUAUAGGAUGCUAACCUGCCUUGUACUAAUGUUUUAUAUACUAAAAACAAACAAAAAAAUAUAUUAAUCAUUUCAUAUAACCCACUACUCAAGGUAUCCAUGGAACAUGAAAGAAAAA